GGGCCCGAGCGGGGAGUGGGCGGCCGGUCGGCGUAGCAGCCCCGCCGCGGCUCCGCCACCAUCGCUGAGGCGCCGCUGCUCCCACAGACGCUCGCGAGCCGCCCCCCGCGCUCCGGAGCCUCCUCUUCCUCUCGCGCGCCCCGAGUAGCUCGCCCGCCUGGGCCUCGGUGCCCGCCUUCUCUUCCCCCUCCUAGUCCCUUCUCGCGCUCCCCACAUUGUCUCUGCCUCAUUUUCUCUCUUAGUUGAGGAAAAAAUAAAAUCACCGCCCUCCUUAGGGAGCCCCUCGCCCUCCGAAAGCCCAGACCAGACAUGAUCCUGGGCUCCCGCUUCUGAAGGCUCGGCCGACCGGGAGGAGGAGGAGGAGGAGGCGGCGGAGGAGGCGGAGGCGGAGGCAGCCAGGGCUCGAGUCGCGGAGAGGUCGCGGCCCGGAGCCCCAGCGCCCGUCGCGUCCCGCGGGCGGGUCCCUUGGCUUCGGCCCGCACCUCGCGGCCUCGCCGCUCCCGCCUUCCCCGCCCGCGCUUCCGGAGCCGGCCGCUCACGCCUCUGUGGAUGGUGUAGCGCCCUCGGGAAGCAUUUUUGAAACGUUGGGGUUAUUGGAGUGGUUGGAUUUUCCCUGGAAUUGAGUGAGAAAUUCAGAAGACUGAAGCCCAGGCUUACAGUCUACCUUUCACGGAGGCCUAGCCGUGAGAGGACAGAAGAAGGCACGUGGCGAAUCAUGACAGCUGAUAAAGACAAAGACAAAGACAAAGAGAAGGACCGGGACCGAGAUCGGGACCGAGAAAGAGAUAAAAGAGAUAAAGCAAGAGAGAGUGAGAAUUCAAGGCCACGCAGGAGCUGCACCUUGGAAGGAGGAGCCAAAAAUUAUGCUGAGAGCGAUCACAGUGAAGAUGAGGACAAUGACAACAAUGGUGCCACCACUGAAGAGUCCACCAAGAAGAACAAGAAGAAACCACCCAAAAAAAAAUCUCGUUACGAAAGGACAGACACUGGUGAGAUAACAUCCUACAUCACUGAGGAUGAUGUUGUCUACAGACCAGGAGACUGUGUGUAUAUCGAGAGUCGGAGGCCAAACACACCGUAUUUCAUCUGUAGCAUUCAAGACUUCAAACUGGUCCACAACUCCCAGGCCUGUUGCAGAUCUCCAACUCCUGCUUUGUGUGACCCCCCAGCAUGCUCUCUGCCGGUGGCAUCACAGCCACCACAACAUCUUUCUGAAGCCGGGAGAGGGCCUGUAGGGAGUAAGAGGGACCAUCUACUCAUGAACGUCAAAUGGUACUACCGUCAGUCUGAAGUUCCAGAUUCUGUGUAUCAGCAUUUGGUUCAGGAUCGGCAUAAUGAAAAUGACUCUGGAAGAGAACUUGUCAUUACAGACCCCGUUAUCAAGAACCGAGAGCUCUUCAUUUCUGAUUACGUUGACACAUACCAUGCUGCUGCUCUUAGAGGGAAGUGUAACAUCUCCCAUUUUUCUGACAUAUUCGCUGCUAGAGAAUUCAAAGCCCGAGUGGACUCAUUUUUCUACAUAUUAGGCUACAACCCUGAGACAAGGAGGCUGAACAGUACUCAGGGGGAAAUUCGCGUUGGUCCUAGCCAUCAGGCCAAACUUCCAGAUUUGCAGCCAUUUCCUUCUCCAGAUGGGGAUACUGUGACCCAGCAUGAGGAGUUGGUCUGGAUGCCUGGAGUGAAUGACUGUGACCUCCUUAUGUACUUGAGGGCAGCAAGGAGCAUGGCAGCAUUUGCAGGGAUGUGUGAUGGCGGCUCCACGGAGGACGGCUGUGUCGCUGCGUCUCGUGAUGACACCACCCUCAAUGCGCUGAACACACUACAUGAGAGCAGUUACGACGCUGGCAAAGCCCUGCAGCGCCUGGUAAAGAAGCCUGUGCCCAAGCUGAUCGAGAAGUGCUGGACUGAAGAUGAAGUGAAACGCUUCGUUAAGGGACUCAGGCAGUACGGGAAGAACUUCUUCAGAAUUAGAAAGGAGCUGCUUCCCAAUAAGGAAACAGGGGAGCUGAUCACCUUCUAUUACUACUGGAAGAAAACCCCCGAAGCAGCCAGCUCCCGAGCCCAUCGCCGGCACCGCAGGCAGGCUGUGUUCAGGAGGAUUAAGACCCGGACUGCGUCCACACCGGUCAACACGCCCUCCAGACCACCCUCCAGUGAAUUCUUGGACCUGAGUUCAGCCAGCGAAGAUGACUUCGACAGUGAGGACAGCGAGCAGGAGUUGAAGGGGUACGCCUGCCGCCACUGCUUCACCACCACCUCCAAAGACUGGCACCACGGGGGCCGGGAGAACAUCCUGCUCUGCACCGACUGCCGCAUCCACUUCAAGAAGUACGGCGAGCUGCCACCCAUCGAGAAGCCGGUGGACCCCCCGCCGUUCAUGUUCAAGCCUGUCAAGGAGGAGGACGAUGGGCUCGGUGGGAAGCAUAGCAUGAGGACGCGGCGGAGUCGGGGCUCGAUGUCUACACUACGUAGUGGUCGGAAGAAGCAGCCCGCCAGCCCCGAUGGUCCUGCCUCUCCCAUCAAUGAAGACAUCCGCUCCAGCGGUCGCACCUCCCCCAGCGCUGCCAGCACCUCCAGCAAUGACAGCAAAACAGAGACAGUGAAGAAGUCUGCCAAGAAGGUGAAGGAGGAGGCCUCGUCGCCUCUCAAGAGCACCAAGCGCCAGCGGGAGAAGGUGGCGUCUGACACAGAGGAGGCCGACAGGAACAGCUCCAAGAAGACAAAAACCCAGGAGCUCAGCCGGCCCAACUCGCCCUCCGAAGGGGAGGGAGAGAGCUCGGAUAGUCGCAGUGUCAACGAUGAGGGUAGCAGUGACCCCAAAGACAUCGACCAGGACAAUCGCAGCACGUCCCCCAGCAUCCCCAGCCCUCAGGACAAUGAGAGUGACUCAGACUCCUCUGCUCAGCAGCAGAUGCUGCAGGCCCAGCCCCCAGCCUUGCAGGCUCCCCCAACAGCGCCCCCAGGAACCGCCCAGCUCCCCACCCCAGGACCCACGCCCUCCACUACUGCAGCCCCUCCACAGGGCUCCCUGGCAGCCGCACAGCCCCCGAACCAGUCUCAAGCACCCGCGGCGCAGGCCACCCUCAGCCACAUCCAGCAGGCGCCCGUGCUGCACCCUCCGAGGCUGCCCUCGCCACACCCCCCGCUGCAGCCGCUGAGUGGGCCCGUGGGCCAGACUCCUGCGGCCCACACCCAGCCGGGUCUGCACAGCCAGGGCCCGCCUGGCCCUCAUGGCCUGCAGGCAGGGUCACUGCUGCAGCACCCUGGCCCCCCGCAGCCCUUCGCCCUCCCUCCCCAGGCUGCCCAGGCACAGGCCCCUCUGGGGGCUGUCGCAGCCACAGCUCACCCCCAUGCCGCCCUGCAGCUCCCGGCCUCUUCGGGGCUGCAGCCUCAACAGCCCCCCCGCGAGCAGCCCCUGCCGCCGGCGCCCCUGGCCAUGCCUCACAUCAAGCCCCCUCCCACCACGCCCAUCCCCCAGCUCCCGGCCCCGCAGGCCCACAAGCACCCGCCACACCUCUCCGGGCCCUCCCCCUUCUCCAUGAAUGCCAACCUGCCGCCCCCUCCCGCUCUGAAGCCCCUCAGCUCCCUGUCCACACACCACCCGCCCUCAGCCCACCCCCCGCCACUGCAGCUCAUGCCGCAGAGCCAGCCCCUACCCUCCUCCCCGGCCCAGCCCCCUGGGCUGACCCAGAGCCAGGGUCUUGCACCCCCUGCCCCUGCCCAUGCCCCUGCCAGCCUCCACCAGGGGCCCCCGCAGGCCCCCUUCACCCAGCACCCCUUUGGCCCAGGUGGCACCCCACCCAUCUGUCCACCCACCUCUACCCCGCCUGCGGGCCCCAGCACCUCUGCCCAGCCUCCCUGCUCUGCUGCCCUGUCUUCAGGGGGGACCACGCCAGGGGGGGCGCCCUGCCCACUCCCCGCUGUCCAGAUCAAGGAGGAGGCUCUGGAUGAUGCCGAAGAGCCCGAGAGCCCCCCGCCCGCACCGCGGAGCCCGUCCCCUGAGCCCACUGUGGUGGACACCCCCAGCCACGCCAGCCAGUCUGCCAGGUUCUACAAGCACCUGGACCGGGGUUACAACUCGUGCGCACGGACAGACCUGUACUUCAUGCCUCUGGCUGGGUCCAAGCUAUCCAAGAAGAGGGAGGAGGCCAUCGAGAAGGCCAAACGGGAGGCAGAGCAGAAAGCCCGAGAGGAGCGCGAGCGGGAGAAGGAGAAGGAGCGGGAGCGCGAGCGGGAGCGCGAGCGGGAGGCUGAGCGGGCAGCUCAGAAAGCAUCCAGCUCUGCACACGAAGGCCGCCUCAGUGACCCUCAGCUCAGCGGUCCAGGCCACAUGCGGCCCUCCUUCGAGCCGCCUCCAACCACCAUCGCCGCCGUGCCCCCCUACAUCGGGCCCGACACCCCGGCGCUGCGGACACUGAGCGAGUACGCUCGGCCCCACGUCAUGUCUCCCACCAACCGCAACCACCCCUUCUAUAUGCCCCUGAACCCCACUGAUCCCCUGCUGGCCUACCACAUGCCCGGCCUCUACAACGUGGACCCCACCAUCCGGGAGCGGGAGCUCCGGGAGCGGGAGAUCCGGGAGCGGGAGAUCCGGGAGCGGGAGCUGCGAGAGCGCAUGAAGCCGGGCUUCGAGGUGAAGCCCCCGGAGCUGGACCCCCUGCACCCAGCCACCAACCCCAUGGAGCACUUCGCACGGCACAGUGCCCUCACCAUCCCGCCCUCGGCCGGCCCCCAUCCUUUCGCCUCUUUCCACCCGGGCCUGAACCCCUUGGAGCGGGAGAGACUGGCCUUGGCAGGCCCCCAGCUGCGGCCCGAAAUGAGCUACCCCGACAGACUGGCCGCCGAGCGCAUCCACGCCGAGCGCAUGGCGUCGCUUACCAGUGACCCCCUGGCCCGGCUGCAGAUGUUCAAUGUGACUCCGCACCACCACCAGCACUCCCACAUCCACUCGCACCUCCACCUCCACCAGCAGGACCCCCUCCACCAAGGCUCAGCAGGCCCAGUUCAUCCCUUGGUUGACCCCCUGACUGCUGGCCCUCACCUGGCUCGCUUCCCCUACCCACCCGGCACCCUCCCCAGCCCUCUGCUGGGUCAGCCCCCCCACGAGCACGAGAUGCUGCGCCACCCUGUCUUCGGCACCCCCUAUCCCCGAGACCUGCCUGGGGCCAUCCCACCCCCCAUGUCGGCAGCCCACCAGCUGCAGGCCAUGCACGCCCAGUCAGCUGAGCUGCAGAGACUGGCCAUGGAGCAGCAGUGGCUGCAUGGACACCCCCACAUGCAUGGUGGCCAUCUACCGAGUCAGGAGGAUUAUUACAGUCGACUGAAGAAAGAAGGUGACAAGCAGUUAUAAGUUAUUUAUUUGUUAAUGCUGGCUGUGGAAACUCCAAUUCUUGGGGGGAGAAACAGGACUUUUUACAUACAGUAGGAACUGCAAAAGCAAAAAGAAUAUCUUCUAAAGAUUUCUUUAUAUAUUUAAAAACCCCACAACUAAAAAUGUAUCACAUAAUAGUGUUCGUUUGUCGAGAGGAUUUCCUGAGACUGGUUUGGGUCUCCCUGCAUGACAGUCCCCCAGAAACGUAGUGAGUUCCGGACUGGGCUGGACAUCCGAACCCCUGCGACCUCGGGGUGGCUUUGUUCUCUUCUGGAUUUCUCAGUAGGUGCUAGAACCUGUCACACCCUUCACUGUGCGCGCAGACACCGGGUCGCAUGGGCUCUGGGCCCACGGGUUUGCAGUUAGGCAGUGUAUGAGUUUGGAAUCCAAGAGCUAUAAUUUUUAAAAAAUCUUUUAUUUUAAUACAUUGUAGGAAAUCUUCAUAAUUUGAGAAAGUUCUGCAGCAUGGCUUUUAUGUCUGUAAAUAAAUAUCUAGAACAGCCUUCUUUUCCUUCCGCAAACUACUGUUCUAUUUUUUCCAGCCAUGUCACUAAUUAUGAAUUCCUACCAGCUAUUGACAGAAUACAGAGUUGAUUUUUUAAUAAAAAGUUAUAUAUAAUUAUCCCUUUAAUUAAAGGGAGCCGAUGGGUGUUACUAAUUACAUACAGGCAGGAGCUUGGGAUAGGUGCAGCCAUAGCAUGAGCAUCCGGCCGGGGCUAGCGGGGCGGCACGACAAACUCCUGUCUGCUGCUCCAGGCCCUGUGCCCUUGAGCGUGCCUAGCCGAGGCGCAGCCCUGUGAGCACAGGCCUCUUCCGUCGUGCACAGGCGUGCCAAGUCCAGUGUUCGUUUUCCGGUCCCUGCUGCCACCGUGUCCUGUCUUGCGGGAUAGAAGGCGCAUGUUUAGUGUGUCUGAUGGUAGAUUUCCUUACAGAGUUCUAUGCACACACAUUGUUCUGGAUACAUUGCCUUUUUAAUACUCUGAAAUGUCCAUAAACAGUCAAGAAAAACCAAGAAAACGAUUCCAUACAGAUAUCUCAGCACAGGAAAGACCCAGGACGUAACGCUUGCCAGAGGAAUUAGAAUCUGCCCGCUCGUGCAUGUCACCGUCCGGAUCUCCUCGUGGCAAGGCCUGAGCCCUCGUCCCCACCACAGACAGGCUGCUUCUGAGUGAGACCCGAGGUGACUGUGGCGUGGGUCUUGGCCUGCGUCUCUGGCCCUGGGCAGGCUCAGACACAGUGACCCACGCUGGACUGGGAAACCACUCAAGUCCUGCUUGGCCUCCGAGGAGUAGGAACAGGAGGAGUCCCAGCCGCAAGCCCACUGGCGGAAAGCAGGCCCAGCCAGCAGAGAGCCCAGCCGCCGCCUCCUGGUCCCGGAGCCCUGUACUUCCCGAAGCGGAGUGGGGAUGGCCAGGGCUGUCGGCAUCUGUGGGGCCUCUCCCUAUCCCCAGACUCCUGAGAGCCCCUUCUGCUGUCGCGUGUGUCACAUCCAACAAGGGCCUGGGGUUGGUGGGCAGGAGCGGUCCAGCCUGGGCCCAGGUGCGGGUGGAGGAGGCCGAGUGGCCCCCGGGCCCCAGCGGGUGCGCACUCAGCACCGGGUUCUGGACUUGGACCUGUGGCACGGCUCUCUCUCUGGUUUCUAUCAGAACCACACUGGUUUCAGUUGGGACAGGUAGGGUUGUUUUGUUUGUUGAAAAUGUUUGUAGUUUGGUUUUUGUUUUGUUUUUCUCUCAUUCCAUUUCUGCCUUAACUUUAGUUCCCUAGGGGAGGCAAGUUCAGAUUAACCCUUCGUUGUCAGACUUCCAGCUCCUGGGCGUGGGGCAUUGUGUCCGUCUGGGGGUGGUGACCAGCGCUCAGGCUCAGGCUGGCCCCUGCCCGUGCCCUGCCUCUCUCGCUCUUGUUCUUUCCCCCUUUUGGUAGCGCCCGACACCUGCUAUUCAGUUGAACCUUUGUCUCCUCUGUCACCCAUGUUUCCAAAGAAGAGAAAGUGACACGCCUCGAAGUCUGUGCUGAAGUCCGUCUGAAGGUGUCCUCUCGUUGCGUUUCGGGUUCUCCGUACCCCGGUGAAGCACUGAGAUUCCCCUUAAACACAGCCCAGCCCUCGCCCACGACUGUGCUUGUGUAGGAGGCCCGGACCUCCGUGCCAGCCGUGAUGCCCGGCCGCCUGGUUUCCUUUGGGUUUUCCUUCGUUUCAUUGAGGUUUGGUUUUGCUUUCUGUGUUUUGUAUGUGUCUUGUUCCAUGUGGUCGAGGUUGAGCUUCACCUUUCAUUGCAGCAGCAGAGCAGAGUGUACAUUCUGAUUUGCUACGUUUCUAUAUAUCUUGAAGCUAAGUGUAUAUAAGUAGUUCGCCAUGAGAUAACACAGUGUAAACAGUAGACACCCAGAAUCGUGACUUCUGUGUUCUCUCCAUUUGAGUAUUUUGUAAUUUUUUUGAAAUAUUUGUGGACAUAAAUAAAACCAAGCUACACUACUA